AUGAGGUCCCCCUAUGCAGCAGAACCAGCCGCACCACCGGCGGAGGUCGCCGCCCCGACGCGCACGCCGCAGGGCAAGGUGCGAGAGAAGCUCGACCAAAGCAAGCCCAAGUCCUUCAGGACCUACUCGCGUUUCGGCCGGGACCCCGAGGUCUACUUCUGGACCAUCGACCACGUCCUCUACGGCUUGGCUCGCGCCGCCGCGAGUACGACGAAGGUCAUCCGCGUCUGGAGCGCGGGCUGCGCCGGCGGCGAGGAGCCCUACUCGCUGGCUAUCGCGUGGCGCGCGGUGCUGGCGGAGCGCUUCCCGGCCGUGCGGCUCGAGAUUGUUGCGACGGACGUCGAUGACAUGUCGCUGCGACGAGCUAAGGCCGGCGUCUUCGAUGUCCACGCCGUGGCCAAUCUGCCGGUGGAAUGGGUCGCCGCAUGCUUCCAGCUCCUCGACGACGGCCGCUACGAACUCUCGGAGGAGAUUAGAAGGAGCGUCUCGUUCUCCAAGGGCGACGCCGUCACCGAUUCUCCACCAGAGGGCCCCUUCGACCUCGUGUUGGCGCGCUACUCGCUCUUCCUGUACCUCGCGCCGGAGGACGCGAGGCGAGCCUUGGAGAAGGUCCAGAGGGUACUAAAAGGCACGCUCGUGACGGGCCUCUCCGACUCCUUGCCGCAGGACCACGCUCUACAAUGUGUCCAAGGGGCGCCGAACGGCGUCUACCGGUGCUCCGAGGACGAGCCGCCAUCACCGAACGACGGCCGCCCGGCGACGCUCACGGAGCUUCUGGGAUUGGAGGAGCGGCUCGGGACCAAGCGCGAGCCGCCUCCCAAAAGGGUGACGGUGUCGCGCGGCAGCCGCCGUAUUCUGGAGAAGACAUCGCGGGGCGAGGACCCCUUCCCGGAACACCGCUUCCCGCGGACGGCGUCGAUGGGCGUCGCGCCGGAGCCCGAGAAUCUAGAGAGACCGCGGACGGCCGUGGCCUUCGGUAGCACGGGGCCGCUCCCGGCGUCGCCGCCGCGGCGGCCCCGCAGCGCGCGCGUCGCCCCGCCCGAACCGGCGCGGCGGCCGGCGCCGCCGCCCGCGCCCGCGCGGAAGAAGAAGGUCCUGCCCGAGGCGGCGCGGGCGGCGCUCUUCGACCGGCUGCAGCGGCCCGCGAGCGCCCCGGCAAAGCGCCCGGUGAAGUCGCACUCGGGACCGACGUGGAUCAUCAAGUCGGAGCCGCGGCCGGAGUACGUGGCCCCGGCCCGGAAGAGCCUCAGGUCCGCCGACGCGCGGAAGGUCGUCGAGCGCCUGUACACGGCCGACUGCGCGAGGCGCGAGGAGCGGGUGCAGGCCAACGCGAAGGCCUACUUCCGCCCGGCGAAGCGGCGGCGGCGCCAGAAGGGCAAGAAGGCCGUGCGUUCCUUUCUGUCGAGGCUGCGACGCUCCGACGCGAAGCGCAAGAAGCGACUGAAGGCGAUUCGCGACGCAGUUUUUGCCGCCGAGCGCGGCGUCGAGCGGACGGCCGAGGACGCGGUUGGACUGCAGAAUCUCUCGCGCCUCGCUGCGGCUCCUAGACCGCCGCCGCCGACGCGGCGCCCACCUCCGCCGCCCGCGUCUCUUUCGGGGUCCUCGGGUUCCUCCGGCGGCGGUAGUAGCGGACGUCUGGCGUUCAGCACGGGCACCGGCGCGUCUGGCAGUCGUGGACAAUUUGUUCCCACAAGGCCGCGGACCACCGAUCAGGGCUACACGUCGCGAUGCGCCCGACCGCGGUCCGCGCGGACCGCACCCGUGGCGCCCACGCGCCCGACGGUGCGGUAUCGCAUGGCCACCGCGGUCGGGGCCGUCGAAGUCGCGGCCUCGCCGUCCGGAAAAUUGCGGCAUGGGCCGAAACGCAUGGACGUCACAUCCCUCCUGCGCCGAGCUUACUGCGAGCCGAAGGUUCUGUUGGCACCGCCUUGAUAUGUUAACAACAAUGGAU